CUUAAUACCAUCCUCUCAAUCUCAUAAAUUUAACCCCUUCCAACUAAAAUUCCUAUAAAUUUUCAUCAAACGCGUUUUUUUUUUUUCAUCAAACGCGUUCCAAUUUUUUUUUUGCUAAAGGGAUGCGCGUAUUAAACCUAACGUUUUAAUUAAAAUCUGUAAAAUUUCAAGAUUUCAAAAUGAAUUCAGAUUUAUAUCACAUUUUCAACUUCUUUCAUUAAAUUAAACACAAUCCAACUUUCAUUCAUUCAUUAAAAUCAAUCUCAAUUGACUGGUUAUCAUGUCCUACCAUUCAAGACAACCGUCAGUUGCAUCCUCUUUAUUAUCAUCUUCCACUUUCAACACCUCACAGAUUAAUAAAAUUGGACCAUGGAAAUUAGGUAAAACUUUAGGAAGAGGUUCCACUGGUCGUGUCCUUUUAGCUGAAAACAUCAACACAAAUCAAAAAGCUGCAGUUAAAGUUGUUUCAAAAUCAAUUUUAAACAAUUUAGAAUCUUCAAUCUCUGAUGAAAAAGGUCGUGACGCUGCUGGAUUAGCUUAUGGUAUUGAAAGAGAAAUCAUCAUCAUGAAAUUAUUAAACCAUCCAAACGUGCUAAGAUUAUAUGAUGUUUGGGAAACUUCAAAAUCCCUAUAUUUAAUCUUGGAAUACGUGGAAGGUGGUGAAUUAUUUGAUUUAUUAGUGGAAAAAGGUCCAUUAUUAGAGAAGGAAGCUAUUCGUUACUUCACUCAAAUUAUAUUAGGUGCUUCAUAUUGUCACGCCUUGGGGAUUUGUCAUCGUGAUUUAAAACCUGAAAAUUUAUUACUUGAUCAUGAUUUGAAUAUCAAAAUUGCAGAUUUUGGUAUGGCUGCCCUGGAGAAUAAUGAUCGUUUAUUAGAAACUAGUUGUGGUUCUCCUCAUUAUGCUGCUCCUGAAAUCGUUUCUGGUAAACAUUAUCAUGGGUUUGAAAGUGAUGUUUGGUCUUGUGGUGUUAUAUUAUUUGCAUUGUUAACAGGUAGAUUACCAUUUGAUGAUGAAAAUAUUAGAAAUUUAUUAUUAAAAGUUCAAAAUGGUGUUUUCGAAAUGCCUCAGGAUAUUUCCAUUGAAGCUCAGGAUUUAAUCUCCAAAAUGUUGACAGUGGAACCUUCGAAAAGAAUUAAAACUCAUGAAAUUUUAAAUCAUCCUUUAUUAUUAAAAUACCCUUUAAAUCAAUCAGAUUUGAAAACUUUGAAUGAAUUACCAAGUCCAAACACUUAUCUCAACCAAAUCAAUUCAAUUGAUGAAAUCGAUGAUCAAAUCUUGGAUAAUUUAGUUAUAUUAUGGCAUGGACGUGCUAAAGCUGAAAUUAUUGAAAAUUUAUUGAAACCUCAUUCAACAACUGAGAAAAUUUUCUAUUUCUUAUUAUUACGUUAUAGACAUACCCAAUCUUUAACAAGUAAUAAUAACAGUUUGGCUAGAUCUUUAUCAAUUGCAAAGUCUGUUCAAAAUGGUGGGUCUGUUUCAAAUUCAAGUGGUUCCUCCAAGACAACAACUCCAAAGAAAAACAGAAGAUCAGUUAUUAGUGUUAGUUCUUCUCAUAAGAAACCAGUUUCUUUCAACACAAAGAAUAGAAGAUCUAUUAAAGAUAUUAAUGAAUUAAACACACCACCUGUUCCAAAAACAAUUAUUGAUGAAUUUAAGGCAAAUAAUGUUGGUACUGGAAUUACAAAAUCAACUUCCAAAAGAAGAAGUAUGAGAACUUCAAUCUUGACAUCAAAGAGAAAUUCAAUCACAACUAGGUUGAUUUCAGUCUAUGCUAAAUUAGCAAAUGAUAAUGAUUGGGAAUAUAUUGAUAAAGAAGCUAAAAGAACAAGUUCAAAUUUUGCAACUCUUUGUGAUGAAAUUUUUGAUCAUGAAAAAUAUGAAAAAUUAAGAUUAGAGAAGGAGGAAUUAGAAAGACAAUUGAAAUUACAAGAGGAAGAAUUGCGUAAACAAGAGGAACUUGAAAGACAGAAAUUGGAAGAUGAAAGAAUUGCUGAAUUGAAAAGACAAGAGGAAAUAGAAGCUGCUAAAGAACCAAAAUUACAAAAUAAUAAAAUCCGUUCAACUUCAGGUCCAACACCUCAAAGAAAUUCUCAAUUAUUGGAUAAAGAUGAAAUCUCCAAGAUUCAACAAAGAGCAAUUUCUCAUCCUUUAGAAUCAAGACCAAAAUCAAAAUUAGAUCCAGGUUUAAAUUUUAAUCAAGAUCAAAAGAAAAAUUCAAAAUUCAAUUAUUAUGAUGAAAAUGAUUCAAUUGUUCAAGCUAUAAGAAGAUCAAAAUUCCUUGGUUCAAAAUUUGACCUAGAUUUGAAAAGACAAUCAAUUUCAAAUCAACAAAAGCAAGUCUCCAAGAAUUUUGAAGAUGAAAAAAUUGUGGAUAAACAUGAAAAUGGGUUUAAUGGUCCUAAAACUAUUGCAGAAGUUAAAAUUCCUCAAGUUACUAGAAAAUCUCGUCAUUUUUCAAAUUCAAACAAGAGAUUAUCUGUAUUAUCAAUCUAUUCAACAAGAAAUUCAUUUACAAAUUUAACUUCAUUAAAAGAAUUGGAUAACACUUAUAAACCAUCUCCAUUAAUCCCAGAAGAGGCUGAAUUCUCAACUUCAAAAUCUAAAUCAAGUGGUCUAAGAUUAAGUUAUGCUGAUCGUUUAACCGCAUUACAAGAAUCUCAAGAAGAAUCAACACCAGUUGUUAAUCCUCAAGAUGACAAGAAACUACAUGCUGAUGAUUCAAUGUAUAAAGGUUUGAAUAUCCCUGAUUUACCUGAUCAUUAUGAACCUAUCAAACCUAAAAGAAAAUCCACAAUUAAAGUGGAAAUCCAUGAUGAUGAUGAACAAGAACCUGAAGUUGAACCAAAACCAUUACCAAAACCUAAAAGAUCAGCUCCUUCACCUCCAAAAGAGAUCAACCCUUCAGUGUCAACAACUAAAGUUACUAAAGCUCCAUUAGGUGAUGUUACUAAUGAUCUAAACAACAAGAGAACAGGUUCAAGUGGUGGUGGAUUUUUCAGAAAAUGGUCAUUAGGUAAAAAAGAUCAUGAACAAUUGAGCUCCAAUACUAAUAAUGGUGGGUUCUUUAGAAGAUUUAGUGGGAAUCAUUCAGUUCAACAAAAGACAUUAAACACAGUUUAUGAAUCCACUGAAAUGUAUCAAACUUUGAAAAGAUUAUUAUUAGGUUGGAAUGAUUAUGGUUUGAAAAACAUCAAGACAAAUGAUGAAUUGUUAUUAAUCGAAGGUGAAAUUUCUAAAAAUAAUAUAAUGAGUUUGAAUUCAACAAGGUUUAAAUUGAAUAUUGAACAGUAUGGUAAAAAGGGAAGUUGUAUCAAGUUUGAAAAAUUGAAAGGUUCUACUAAGAGUUUUAAAACUUUGAUUAAUGAGAUUGAAAGAAUUUUGAAUAGAGAGAAUGUAUUGGCA